AUGGCAAACCCAAAGGUUUACUUCGACAUGACGAUCGGCGGUCAACCGGCCGGUAGAAUUGUCAUGGAGCUAUUUGCCGAUGUCGUACCCAAGACAGCCGAGAACUUCCGUGCCCUUUGCACCGGUGAGAAAGGCAUUGGGAAAUCAGGCAAGCCUUUGCACUACAAAGGAUCAUCCUUCCACCGUGUGAUCCCUGAUUUCAUGUGCCAGGGUGGAGACUUCACCGCAGGGAACGGUACCGGCGGAGAAUCGAUCUACGGCGCUAAAUUCGCUGAUGAGAACUUCGUGAAGAAGCACACGGGUCCUGGAAUCCUCUCCAUGGCUAAUGCUGGGCCUGGGACCAACGGAUCUCAGUUUUUCGUCUGCACCGCCAAGACUCAGUGGCUCGACGGCAAGCACGUGGUCUUCGGACAGGUGGUUGAGGGACUGGAUGUUGUGAAGGCCAUCGAGAAGGUCGGAUCUGGUUCUGGAAGGACCUCCAAGCCUGUUGUGGUCGCUGACUGUGGUCAACUCGCUUAG